CUGGCAUGAUCUAUUUUCUCUCAAGCAGAAUUAUUGUUUCCAUUAUUCCGUACAUUACAGCACAAAAAUUGAUAUGGGCCUAUGUUCAAACUUCAAAGCCAAGUUUAGAGCUAGACUAUGAGUAAUUGAGUACUCCGUUGGCGCGAAAAGCUGCCAGGCUUCUUCCAAGACAAAAAAUUUCCCUCCAUAAUAAUCGAUCAAUUUAUGGUGUAUACUACCAUGUACUGCGUAUUACCCAUCUCAAAUUUCCGGAUUCACUAAAACCCCAAUUUUCAUCUUCCCGCGAAUCUGUCCGCUUUCUCGGCUGAAGGGAUGGCAAAAUGUUUCAUAGAUGAUCUCCAGGAUGUACUAACCGGCGUAUCGUCAUCAUCGCCGUCUACAAGCAAGCAGUUGGCUUAUUCAAAACUCCUGCACCUCCAACACCUCUCUUCUAGCAGCAGCGCCGAUCCUUCUUUCAUCACUUUGCUUGCGGGCUCUUCUUCUUCACUCUUGCGGUCGAUUCUCAUUGAUAUCUUCGAUCAGGAUGAAGAAAUGAUGCUUUGAAGUGUUUGGGGUUUAUGGUUUAUCAUCCUUCCAUACUUGCUUCAUUCAAAGGUGAUGAUGCCAACUUGAUUGUUGAGUCACUUGUUAAGGUUAUUACAACAACCAAGAUAAAGUGGGUUUGCAAUUUGGGUUUGUGGUGUAUAUCAAUGCAACAGUUUACGACUCCGCUAUUGGACAAACAUUUUCAUGUUUUGUUAAGGGCAAUUGUCUAUGGCCUUAAUAAUCCUAUGGGCUCUCUUUCUGUAACAUUCGAGGCUCUGCAGGCAGGCUGUGAUGAAGUUGGCUGGUUCAUUAGGUGAAAAGAUGAGAAACUUAUCUCAUUUAUGGGUUCCUCCCCUUUAUAGAAGACUUACAAGUGAUAAUAAAAGGGAGAGGGAAAUGUCUGAGAGAUGCUUACUAAAAUUGAAGAGCAUUAUAUGUCCUCCACCGGUCACUCUUUCCAAGGCAGUUGUCCUAGACUUGAAGAAAAAAUUGCUUUCUGAAAUAGAAGACAUGAUCAAUCACGGGGAGAAGAUCGAGGCUCUAAAAGCAUGGGGAUGGUGUAUGCGCUUACUUGGACCUUAUUUGACCAAACAUAAGCAUUUAGUCAAUGAGUUGCUCAAACUUCCAACACAGACUUUUUCAGACUUUGAUCCACAAGUUCAGAUUGCUUCACUGGUUUCCUGGGAAGGUUUCAUUGAUGCAUUAAUCUGUCCACCAUUUAAUGACCCUGAAACCAGUUCCGCUACCGGGAAUGCUGCAGAUGAUGUGAAAGUAGACGAAGGGGACUGUAAGAGGACCAUUCCAAAUGGAUUUUCCCAGAAGAUUGAGCUUAUAAUGACACCUCUUACAGGAAUUAUGAACAGUAGAUGUGAUUUAUCUGCUCAUGCAUCAUGUCUCUCCACAUGGUGUUAUCUAUUGCAUAAGCUUGAUACUUCUGUCAGCCAUGAUCCAGUGGUCAGAAUAGUGUGUCAACCAAUUUUUGAACUUGUAUUCGAAACUGGACCUAAGGACAAGAACAUGUGCUCCUGGAAUUCUUGCAUUGAACUACUUGAUAAUUUUAUAUUAACAAGAAGUGGUCGAAAUGAAAGCGCAAUUCUCCAUGGAGGUACUGAAUUCUCUCCUAUCAAAUGGUCACCUUGGGAUCUAAGUCAACUGGAGUUUUUUGUUGAUAUGAUACAUUGUUUGUUCAAUCAAAGAUCUGAUCCUGUGGGGCCCGAAAUAUUAGUAAUGUUGAGACACAAUGCUGCUACAAGGCUAUUCAGAUCUCUGUUGAGAUCAGUUCAGAAUAUCUUAAGAUCAUCAAUUGUCACUUAUGAUGAGGUUAUACUAUGUCUAAAUGUUAUUGUGAAGUUUUUCCAGGACUUGCGUGAAAAAACAGGUAUGAGCAGUACAAUCUCCCUUCAACUUUUAUAUGCUGCAGUGGAGGAGUUAGACCCUUCAGUACUUGAAUCCCCCCUAUACAAAGUGGAGUUGGAUAUAGAAGCCCUUGAAAAUGUACAGCCAAUUUGUAGGAAUCUCAAAACAUCAGAUAUUGAUGGUGUGGCUUAUAUGAGAAAGGUUUCUCGUGCAGUGUAUAUAUGUGUGCUCUACUUUAUCACAGUGAUCAAGUUUCCUUUGCCUGUCAUCCCUGAGAUGUGCAGCUUUCUGAAAUUGAUACUCUCUUCAUAUGACACAAUGGAGAUGCUAAGGGUGUUCGUUGGUUUAUUAUAUACUCACAAGGAAUCAAAUUGCUUCGAGAUAUGGCUAACCAUUGCAAAAUGUCUGAAAGAGUACAUAAUGGAAGACAUCCCCAGUUAUUCUGCAGUUAUGCUUCUCCUAAACUAUCCGUUUGCUGCUUAUUCUGUCAUUCAGAUGCAGUUUGAGAUUUCGAGUGUUACUGAUGCAUGGGAGUCACUUUAUGGUUCUAUCUGUCAAUGCUCACAAAUUUGCCAUUUGGAUUUGACAAGGGACAUGUUUGGAAUUUUGAAUGGAAACUUUGAUGAGAAGUGUGGUGACUUUGAUUUUAUCCUGUUAUUAGGAAAUGCAAUGAUAUGUGUUUUGGAGCAGGCUAUUAACAAUAAGCAUAAAAGUAAAUAUCAUGAUCCUGAGAGCCUCAACAAUGCCAUUAUAAGCUUGGAAAUUGCUCUCAGGUUCAUGAAGAUGCCUUGGGUGAUUGAAGAAGGAAAUUUGCAUAUGAGCUUUACUCUAGCAUCAAGAGUUUCAGGAUACUGUCAAAACUGGCCAACUUCAUUGGGUGUUUUCCACUACAUCAUGGUUUUAUCUCAUUUUUCGAGAUUACAACAAAACCGCUUCUUCUGUGGCUGUCGUGUACGGAUGUCCAAGACGAUGGCUUCAAAGAUCAACUGCAUAUGUUAUGGAGUGAAAUCUUGAAGAAUCUGCAGAAGAGCAGCCAAACAGCGCUGAACUUCGAUUCAUCAUUUCUGAAACUGCAAUCCCCCCUUCUGGAGAAAACUUUAGAUCACCCAGAUCCAAACAUUUCCAACCCAUCCAUCCAGUUUUGGAACGCCACAUAUGGUGAACAGAUAAAUUUACAAUACCCUGAAACCUUACUUCCCGUUCUUGACAAGCUCUCGAGGAACAGGAGGUUGAGUCUCUCCAGAAAAACUCCGCCCUCUCAAAAGAUAUGGAAGGUCACUGCCUCCUCCCUUAACCGGUGGUCCAAAAGAGUUGAGUUUGCUCAUGAGAAAACAGAAGUGGGCGGGAAAAGGAAAUUUGGUGAGCUGACCGAACAUCAGAAGGAAGUGAGACGUGCUCAACAAGGGCGGGCGAGUGACUCCCUUGGUCGGGGCCCGGGAAUACGGACUUACACCAGUGUUGAUUUCUCUCAAGAUAAUGAAGAGUCGCAAGAGAGUCAGGACAUUAGAGAUGCUGAUUCCAUCCUGGAGAUGUUGAGGAAAGUUCAUUAACAAUUUAACAUGCCAGGACAUUGCUUUACAAAAUUUCAGUUAGGAGGUGUCUUAAAUUGUGUAAGUUAAAGACUAAAUAAACCUGUCGUCUUAGUCUUUCGCACUAACUUCGGGAACUUGCGUAAGUAUGCAGUUGUUGUUGCAUGCAUUAUAUUUCGUAGUGGAUAUGUACUAGUGUAAUAUGGCUUAUCCGCUUAUAUGAAGAUAUAAUAGGUAUAUCAUAUUUUAAAAAAAAAGGUAUAUCAUACAUACUGUCCCUAAUCGGAUGGGUUUCUAGGUACUCACUACUCAGUAGUUAUCGACUUUGGACAGUUUU